AUGUAUCUUGUGUUAAUAGGAGUCCAUGCCUUUGCUGCUCUUAACCAAGUUCAUAGUUCACCUUUCUUUCUGAUAGGUUCUGUAGUAUCCUGUGAUUCAGUCAAUAAUACUGCAGCUGAGAAAAAGCCUGCAAGUGUGGAAGCUAAUGGUGAGAGUCAGCAGCCCCUGUCAUCCGGAUUCACUCAAAGUAAAACAUGCAGCUCUGAUGUUUAUCAUAAACAGUUAGCUGCUCUAAAUUGUUCUGUGCGUGACUGGAUAGUAAAACACGUAAAUGCCAAUCCACUUUGUGACCUGACACCGAUAUUCCGAGACUAUGAGAAAUAUUUAGCUGAGAUAGAACAGCAUGGAAUCAGUAGUGACAGCAGCUCUGGAAAUGACAGUAACAAAGCAACUGGAACUCAGUCUGGCUCUGCCUUUGGGAAUUCACAUCUUCAGCAAGGCUCUGGAUUUUUAUUUAACAACAACAAAUCUGAAGAUAUGGCUGGAAAGAAAACAGAAUUGGAAAAGAAAACAGCACCAAUCCUAGGGUCUUCAUCAGCCGUCUCAUUUACAUUUAGCAAGAGUGUUGACAACUCUAGUCUGAAUUCUGGUCCAGUGUCUAGUUUUUCAUUCUCCUCUGGAAGUACAGGCUUAUUCGGAAAAGAUGCAAACCAGAGCAAGAUUCUUCCUUCAUUUUCCGGCAGUGCAAUAAAUACUCAGGCAGAAAGUGGUGGCAAUGAAGAUAAAGGAGAUGAGGAAGAUGAGGAGGAGCCACCUAAAGUAGUCGUUAAUGAAGUAAAGGAAGAGGGUGCCUUCUAUUCAAAGAAAUGUAAAAUCUUUUACAAGAAAGAUAAUGAGUUUAAAGAAAAAGGAGUUGGAACACUACACUUAAAAACUGCAGGAAAUGAGAAGACUCAGCUCUUAGUACGGGCGGAUACUAAUUUAGGCAAUAUACUGCUGAACAUUUUGGUGCCCCAUAAGAUGCCAUGCUCAAGAACAGGAAAGAACAACGUUCUCAUUGUCUGCGUUCCAAAUCCUCCCAUUGAUGAGAAGAAUGCCACAAUCCCUGUACCUAUAUUGAUAAGAGUGAAAACAAGCGAGGAUGCAGAUGAGUUGCACAAAAUUUUACUGGAGAAAAAAGAGAUCUAAAAUUUGGCCUGUUGAAUGUUACGAGGGAAACUUGCCAAACUGCUGCUGCUCAUUUUUUUCCCCUCCUCUUGACUAUAUUAUUAACUUUUAAACUACUUCUUGACAUUCUAAGGACUGUUUUAGGAAUUCUGAAGGUUUGGCUGAGGGAAAGAAACUAAGAUGGCCAAUAAAAGCUUUAACUUAAA